UCCAAGUGCCACAAUUGAUUGUGGUAGGCCCUCUUUAACUGAGAAAGAAAGAAGAUGGAACACAACGGGUCUGCUUCCAGUGCUGGUAAGGUCCACCAGAAUCGCCUGUCAGGUAUGACAGAGGAAGACCAAGAAGCCGCUCUCACCAUUGUGACUGUGCUGGACAAGGUUGCCUCCAUCGUGGACAGUGUGCAGGCGAGCCAGAAGAGAAUCGAAGAGAGACACCGGGGGAUGGAAAACGCCCUCAAGUCUGUCCAGAUUGACCUGCUGAAGCUCUCACAGUCACACAGCAAUACCGGCUACGUCAUUAACAAGCUGUUUGAGAAAACCCGAAAAGUCAGUGCUCACAUUAAAGACGUGAAGGCCCGAGUGGAGAAGCAACAACUUCACGUUACGAAAGUUGAAACUAAGCAAGAGGAAAUAAUGAAGAAGAACAAGUUCCGUGUGGUCAUAUUCCAGGAGGAGAUUCGGUGUCCGACAUCCCUGUCUAUUGUCAAAGACAAAAACCUAACUGAGACUCAAGAGGAAGACGAUGAAGAUGUCUUUGAUCCCCCAAUAGAUCUGUCUUCGGAUGAAGAGUAUUACGUGGAAGAAAGCAGGUCCACCAGGCUUAGAAAGUCAGGCAAGGAGCACAUUGAUAACAUAAAAAAGGCAUUUUCCAAAGAAAACAUGGCGAAGACACGGCAGAAUUUUGACAAGGGAGUCAACAGAAUUAGAACUAGAAUAGUGACCCCGGAGAGGAGAGAGAGACUCAGGCAGUCAGGAGAGAGGCUGAAACAGUCUGGAGAGAGGCUGAAACAGUCUGGAGAGAGGCUGAAACAGUCAGGGGAAAGAUUUAAAAAAUCGAUUUCGAAUGCAGCUCCCUCUAAGGAAGCUUUUAAGAUUCGUAGCCUUCGGAAAGCUAAAGGCCCGACAGUGGUGGCCGCAGGUCCAGAAGAGGUCAGGGAGAUGGGCGUGGACAUCCUCGCCGGGAGCCGGUCUCUGGGCCCCAUCAGUGAGCUCUACAGUGACGAGCUCAGCGAAACGGACCGAGAGGAGGCCAGGGGCGUGUGUCCUCCCCUCGAAGGGGGGGACACCCCAACCCCUGAGCCUUUAAAAGUUACUUUUAAACCCCAGGUGCAAGUAGAGGAUGACGAAUCUCUUUUGCUAGAUUUAAAGCAGUCUUCAUAGCGAGGAAUCAAGUAUAUUUUAAGUAUCAACAACCUUAAUCACGCAGUUUCAGUUUAAGUAGUAUGGUCACUUAACUUUUGUAGGCUGUGUAGGGACAAAAUACAGAGUAUGAUUUUUCAUUUAUGUUUAAAAUCUUAAAGGUACUACCAAUAUAUACAUUUCCUAGUAAUCCCCUUGGGAAUGUUUUCUUCCUCCCCCCGGGCUUAUAAGAUUCUAGCAGCUUCCUCUCAUGUCCCUCUCACGGCAGCUGUGGGUUCUUAAGUUCCUCUCUCUUCUUGCUCACCAGAAAAAUAGCUUCCUAGAGAGGGUCAGUGAGGUGUUUAGUAGCUUGAAACACGAGAAGGGCAAAUGUGUGGCCAUCGUUUGCAAGUGAACUCUCAGUUUUGGUCUAGAUUCACUGGGGUGACCAGCCUCCAAGGGGAUUGUAUCAUCCGUAUGUUCAGAUCCCCAGAUGGGGGGGUAAAGCACAAGCACACGUCUUGGUGAUGCGUUUGCGUGCAGCGUGGAAGUUCUGGACUUGAGCGUUUGCUCUGGUGUCACCGCUGUACGUGCUGCGAGCACUUGGCACAUCACCUGCUCGUCGGCUCCUCAGUAGGUUGGGGAGGGUUUGCCUAUCCUGCAUCUCAGAGAACGGUUGUGAAGAUCAAAGGAAACAACGUGCAUUCCGGGGGAACGAGCCGUGCUGAUUCCUCAGACAGCAUCGAAUUGAUUACAGCUGCUGAGAAAGCCCUGUGCCGGGCGGUGAGGACCGAGGUGGGGACACGAAAGGUCUUCAGAAGCCUUUUCACAGAAUCAGGAAUGAAAAACAAAUGGGUAACUUUUUUUUUUUU